AUGGCUGGUGGAAAUUACACUAUGAGCGAGGCAAGUGUUGAAUCUAAUGGCAAGUUACCAGUUCAGGACAAUUCAUCUACUGGACCACCCGAACGAGCAUCAUGGGGACGGCCAAUUGAAUUCAUAUUAGCAUGUCUGGGAUACGCCGUUGGAUUGGGGAAUGUCUGGCGGUUUCCAUAUUUAUGCUACAGGAAUGGUGGUGGUGCAUUCUUAAUACCGUUCUUCUUGAUGAUGAUUUUAAUUGGUCUGCCCUUAUUUUACCUGGAAUUAUACAUCGGACAGUACACAAGUCUGGGUCCUUUAAAAGCAUUUGGUGCCAUUGGACCAGUUUUCAGCGGUCUUGGCUAUUGUACACUAGUGGUGAUCAGUAUUAUUAGUAUUUACUACAUGAUUAUAGUUUCAUGGACGCUGUUUUACACUGUUGUAUCUAUAGGCGGAUACUUGAAUUGGGGAUCAUGUGAAAACGAAUAUAAUACCGAUUUUUGUUACAGUGGUAUUUACGACGCUGAAUGUAGAAUUAAUAAUACUGGAGAUGCAUCAGAUUUAACUUACUACAUGAGGCAGUGUAAGAGCAUUGGAGAAAUUUGUUUGAGUUCUGGUUUUGAACCAUAUGACGGAAAAUAUUGUUUAAAUGGCACUGAAACUAUACCGUGGUAUACCAAUAUACGAAGAGUCAUUGCUGCUGAAGAAUAUUAUAAUGAGCGUGUAUUAGGCCGAGGCAAUGCCACUUGGGAAAACUGGGGAACAAUUCAGUGGCAUCUUGUCGGAUGCCUUUUCUUUUCUUGGCUUAUCGCAUUCUUUUGUGUUAUUAAAGGUGUACAAUCAGCAGGUAAAGUCGUAUACUUUACAGCACUCUUCCCCUACGUAAUGUUAACUGCAUUACUGAUUAGAGGAGUGACUUUAGAUGCAGCAUCAGAUGGAAUAUUAUUUUAUUUGUCGCCUGAUUGGAGCACUCUUGCAGAAGCAAGAGUUUGGGGAGAUGCCGCUUCUCAGAUUUUCUAUUCUUUUGGAGUCGCUUGUGGAUCCUUAGUUACUUUGGCUUCCUACAACAACUUUUAUAAUAACUGCCACUUUGACACAAUUUUCGUUUGCUUCGCAAAUUUCUUAACUUCGGUAUACGCGGGGUUUGCUAUUUUCUCUGUACUCGGAUUCCAAGCUGACCUCAUGGGCGUAAGUGUGGACGAUGUUGCCGAACAAGGACCAGGCCUAGCAUUCGUUGCAUAUCCAGAAGCGCUACUUCAGAUGCCUAUACCACAGUUUUGGUCAAUAUUGUUCUUUUUAAUGUUGUUUAUUCUUGGACUCGGCAGUCAGUUUGCUGGUAUUGAGGCUAUUAACACUGCGAUUGUUGAUCAGUGGCCUCAAUUAAGGAAGAGGUAUUGGAUGGUUACAGCUUUCACCUGCUUUACCUGUUUUAUUCUUGGAAUUCCGAUGUGUUUUAGUGGUGGAGUUUACUUAUUUACACUGUUAGACUGGAACACUGCAUCAUGGGCCAUUCUCCUAAUCGGCAUGGCGGAGACAAUAGCUGUUUCUUGGAGCUAUGGAAUAAAUAGAGCAAUGCAAGAUUUAGCUUCUAUGAACAUGAAACUCAAUAAAGUAUUAAGAUUUUAUUGGAAAGCAGCCUGGACAGUCACCGUACCAAUAUCAAGUAUUGGAGUCCUAAUAUUUAUAUUCUCUGACUGGUCACCGCCAUCUUACGAAGGAUACGUAUUUCCAUUAUUUGCCGAUCUUCUUGGUUGGGCUGUUGGACUGUCGACGCUGGUUCUGUUUCCUGUUGGCGUUGGCUGGGCUUUAUACAAAGGAUAUAGGGGCAAGGAAUUAUUUACUCCAACUGAAACCUGGAAACCAGCCGCAAAAUACCGAGACAGCACGGGUAGUAACGCUAAUUCGCCUCAUGAUUCAAAUCACCAAACCUAUGAUAAUAUGGGUUAUAUGUGA